UCUCUUCCGGGCCGACGCUGACUCGUAGAGGCUGGAAGUAAAUGCAUGAAGUCAUAUAUUUUUUUUCAUAACUCCGUUUCCCCGCUAAAAGGAGAAGCAGUUGUACGCCUGUAUAUUUACACCUGGGAGCUUUGUUGAACACUGUUGUUGUCGAAGCUGUCGGUUCACGGCUCUGCAUUAGCUGAACAUGUCUGCCGAGGAAGCGGACAAAACAACCACCACUGAUGCCAGCGCAGGAGAUGAGGAGGAGGAAUGGCUGUAUGGAGAUGAGUCUGAGAGCAAGGACGAGGAUGAAGAGGCCAAACUAAAUGCUGCAGUCAGUGCACCUGCUGAUGCUUCCACAGAGGAUGCUGCUGCACACACUACAGGAAAUGGAGUUGCCUCUGAGGUCACAGGUGAAGCAGUAGGUGAAGAUGUGGACAGUGACAGUGACAGUGAUGAUGACGACGAUGACGUCCGAGUCACCAUUGGAGACAUCAAAACUGGAGCACCACAAUACACACCUUAUGGAGCUCCUCCUGUAAAUCUUAACAUAAAGACAACAGGCUCCAGACCUUACGGACAAGUGGCCACAAAACUGAAAGGGGUGGAUCUUGAUGCUCCUGGAAACAUUAACGGGGUUCCGGUGCUGGAGGUGGACAUGGAGUCCUUUGAAGAGAAACCCUGGAGGAAGCCAGGAGCGGAUCUCUCAGACUACUUUAACUAUGGCUUCAAUGAAGACACAUGGAAGGCAUACUGUGAAAAACAGAAGAGGCUACGUAUGGGUUUGGAGGUCACUACAGUCGGCUCAGUGACAAGCAAAAUCACUGUUCAGCAGGGAAGGACAGGCAACGAGAAAGACAUGUCCAGUUUGCCUGUUCACACCUCGAAGCCAGACUUCACAUCUCCUGUCAGCCUGUACAAGUCUGCCGUCAGUCAGGUCACCAGGAUCUCUCCCCCUCAGUGGACUGGCCCGCCUGCUCAGGACAUGUCCUAUUAUACGAAGACAAGUGGUACCAUAGAUGUGAUUGGUGGACAAACGGCCACAAUCAGCAGGGUUGAAGGGCGACGCAGACAUAACCUAGAUGGCAACAAUAUCCAGGUGAUCUCUGAACACUCCACGUCAGAGGCUGAGCCCGCUCCAGCUAAGAUUCCCACCUUCUUUCCCCCUGGACCACUACCUCCAAACAUACCCCCACCUCCAUUUCUCCCUCCACCACCAAACGUCAGCACCGCGCCCCCGCUCAUCCCCCCACCCAGGUUGCCCAUUACAGUCCCUCCUCCUGGCUUCCCUCCUCCACCCAGUGGGCCCCCUCCUGCUAUUAUCCCCACUAUGGACAGUGGCCACCCUGGAAGUUAUGAUGGACGCUCUGUCCCUCCGUACCCAUUCCCUCAAGGUGCUUACCCUCCACCCAUAGCUGGAGGUGUGCCUCCUCCAUGGCCCCCAAUGAUGGACAACUCUAAACAAUGGGACUAUUAUUCCCGUCGAGACGACAAGAGAGACAAGGACAGAGAAAGACCCAGGGAGAGGACACAUGAGCGGGAGAGAGAAAGGGAGCACAGUCCCUCAGCUAUGAGCUACACCAGCGACGAAGAGCGGUAUCGCUACCGCGAGUACCAGGAGCGUGGUUACGGAGAACGCCAUCGUGACCGGUCGAGCCGAGAGAAAGAGGAAAGGCACAGAGAGAGGCGACAUAGAGAGAAAGAGGAGGGACGCCACAAGUCUUCUCGCAGCAGCAGUAGCAGGAGGAGGCACGACAGCGAGGAGGGAGACAGCCACCGGAGGCACAAACACAAGAAGAGCAAGAGAAGCAAGGAGGGCAAAGAGGCCAGCGAAGAGAUCAGCGCAAACCAAGAGAACCAGGAGGCCAUGGAAUAGUGAUUGCCACUUCCCAUCUCCCCUUUUUCCAUCUGUUUGUCUCCAUUCCCGUCUGUCCCUCCCUGUCUCCCACCAAGAUGAGAAAGAAGGGAAGAGAGGAGAUGAGCGCAGACCAACAAAACCAGAGUCGCAGAGUGAUCGAUGUGUCCUGUCACUCUGCUCUCCAUCAGUCUCCAUCCUCCCCGCUGUCGUUCAUCCUCACCAUCACUUCAGAAUUGAUGGAGGACAGGAGGUGGUGAAGGACGGAUGGUCGUCCUCUUUUUUUUCAUCCAUCUUUCCAUGACUCACUGACAUCCGGCGGAGCGCCAGUCUUCAACCUCCUCCUUCCUCUCCCAGCCCUUCUCCCAGAGCACUGCUGUAACAAUUAGAUGCUCAGAGAUGUCACUGUAUUGUCAGGACGAUCAGCAGCAUUUGCUCUUUUUCUGUCAUUCGGUUUGUUCAGUGUCCUUUCGUUCUUGUCCUGUUGUGAAGACACCUGUAGUGAGCUGUCAGUUUAAGUUCAAUUAAAAAUCACUUUUGAUAAAAUGUAUAUUUGUGGCUCUUUCGGAAUAAAUAGUCCAAUAAUUC